GGUGGCAGCUUGACUUGGAAGGCGCAAACAACCCGGACUGCUGGACGGUUAAGGCCGCAGUCAGGGUUAUAGGUGGUUAUCUAAAGAUUUGUGAGGUCGACUUAUAAUUCUACAACCGACUCAAAGGUCGAAAACGAUGAGUCCGAACAACGUCAUGAGUACUCAGCGUUCCAAUCCAUCACGGGUGCAAGCUGUUCGAGAAUAUCCCAAGUCUGGCGCCGAAAAUCUGAUUCAACGAUUCAAUUGCUUUCAACAUGCCAAUAUUCUGUCAUCUCGGGACUGCUACAUAGACUCAAACCAUCUGUAUGCUUUCGUUGAUGAUUUUCCGCUCACAUUGGGGAACCUUGUUUCUGCCCCGGGCAUAUAUCCUACGGAGGUAGAAAUGGCUGCAAUAAUGUCGCAAAUUCUCGAUGACCUAUGCUAUCUCGGUAGUUUUGGGCUCUCGCAUCCAUCUUUGUCGUGUCGUGAAAUCCUACUCGGCAUAGAUGGAAGAAUAAAGAUCGCCUGUUUGGAUCAGUGCUUGGAGUGUUCGCCAACUGAGUCUCAAACCAAAUAUCUCAGAGCUCUUCCCGCCAUAACUAUGGAGCUUAUGCAAAAGUACGAAAAAGACGCAGGGGUUGCGGGAGUCGACGAUUUUGAACCGUUGGCCAGUUGGCUCAGAUACUUUCGGCUUCUUAUCUGCAGCUUCAACGAAGUCGUUAGCAUCUCUGAGAAUGCACUCCCUUGUUGCUUCGAGAUAUCGACCCACUGAUGACCUCGUCAUGCUCGCGCGAGCCAUUUUGUGCGCCGGAGCUGCUACCUAUACGUAUGAAAAAGGGCCGUAAGUCUCACCAAAAAGGCUGCUUCUAGGAAGGGUAUUCGCCAAAGAGGAGAAGGACCACCAACAGGGUGAAAAGCGGAAAUAUA